AUGGCCAAGAAACAAGUGUCCAAGUCUACAUCAGAAGUGGUCGAGUCUUCUGGGACUACCCGCACCACCACUCGUACUACAACCACAACCACCACCACAACCACGCCCAAACUGACCACAAGCAACACUGACACAACCCUCUCUUCGAUCUUGACUACUUUUGAGGAAUCUUACUUUUCAAGUACCCCGCAAUCCAUUGUGCUGAUUGAUGUCUACUUGGCAUUUGUGAUGCUGACUGGCAUCAUUCAGUUUUUGUAUGUGGUGCUUGCUGGCACUUAUCCUUACAAUUCAUUUUUGGCUGGAUUUAUUUGCUCAGUUGGAUCGUUUGUACUUGCAGUUAAUUUGAGAAUUCAAGCUCAUCCUGCCAACAGGAGUACGGUUUCCAUGUCUCCAGAGCGAGCGUUUGCUGAUUUUGCAUUUUCGUCGGUGCUGCUGUUUGGAUUCUGCAUCAACUUUGUUGGCUAA